AUGGGCUCGAUCCCUCUUUCAAAAUCUUUGCUUUUAAUAGCUUUCCUGUGGCCAAUUACCUUCCUUUCAACUUCUCCAAUCCUAUCGGCCUUCGGUUACGACGACAACCUCAAGCCUUCAGCUUAUGAAAUGCUUGAAGAGUAUAACUUUCCGGUCGGUAUUCUACCAGUAGGCGUAACUGGGUACGAGUUAAAUAGAGAAACCGGUGAGUUCUCUGUUUAUUUGAAUGGAACUUGUAAAUUUCCUGUAGAGUCGUAUACUCUUGAGUACAAAUCCACUAUUUCUGGUAUAGUUUCAAAGGGCAGGCUCAGCAAUUUAAAGGGUGUUAAAGUUUUUGUUAUUUUGCUGUGGAUUAACAUAGUAGAAGUCACUCGUGAGGACGAUGAGCUUUAUUUUUCUGUUGGAAUUACCUCUGCAAGUUUUCCAGUUGACAAUUUUGAGGAGCGUCCUCAAUGUGGUUGUGGGUUAGAUUGUGCCAACAAGCUGAUUAAACAUCAUCGCAUUUCUUCUUACUAAUCAGUGACCUAAUUCAGUUUAGCAAGUGUGUAAAACUUUACAUUUAUUAGAAAUUUGAAUCAUGUUCUUUACUUAUUUUCUUCAAUAUUUGAAUGACUUUGAUUUCCA